UCUUCAUACAACAUUUUAGCUUUACUUUUUCUCUUUACUCUUCUCUCUCUCUUUCUCUUUCUCUUUCUCUUUCACUCGUUCUCUCUCACUCACUCUCUUCACACACAGAUCCAAGAUGGCCUCUUCAAUGGCUAGCAAUGAUUUCCAGCUCCCUCCACGUUUCUUCACUGUUUUCGUCUCCCAUUUCAGCUCAGAGUUCAUGGUGAUCCCAGUUUCCUACUACGAUCACAUUCCACAUCGUUUCCCCAAGACUGUGAUUCUCCGAGGACCUGGUGGAUGCUCCUGGAAGGUAGCGACGGAGAUAAAGGAUGAUGAAGUGCUUUUUUCACAAGGAUGGCCCAAAUUUGUUCGGGAUAAUACUCUUAACGAUGGAGACUUUUUGACCUUUGCCUAUAAUGGAGCUCACAUAUUCGAGGUCAGUAUCUUUCGCGGCUACGACGCAUGUAAAGAGAUUAGCGAAGUCACUGAAUUGGAAGAGGAAGAAGAAGACAGUGUUAUAUCUCUGAGCAGUGAAGACACAGACACUGGUGCUAAAUCUGAGAUGAAGAAUACAGUCCCGGAAGGCAGAGACAAAGGAAAGUCAAAAGUGGAAGUUGUGGAGGAUUCUGAUGACGAUGAGGAGGAGGAUAGUGUUUAUUCUGAAAGCAGUGAAGAAACAGAGACAGACACUGAUUCUGAAUUCAAGGUGGCCAAGCCAACAAUACCAAAAAGCCAGAAGAAAGGAAAGAAGAAAGAACAAGUUGUGGAGUCCUCUGAUGACGAGGAAGACGAAGAGGAGGACAGUGACAGUGAUUACAUUGAAACGUUUGGUCAAUUGGAUAUUGAAGAGAAUUCCAUCAGUGAGGAGGACAGUUCUUAUGCUCCUGAUAAAGAAGACACAGCCACUGCCUCUUUUGUCAAACCAAAGGUUGCAAAUAAGGUUGCUAAUCUGAAGAGGAAAGAGGCGGCAAAGAAGAGGAAGAAAGUCGAUCCCAUGAUCAAGAAUCCUGAGAGAUACCUCGAUGAUCCUAAGAAUAUCCAUUUCGAGACAAACGUGAAGAAUAGGUUAUACGAGCUGUUGGUUCAUGCACAACUGGUGAAAGACUAUUGCUUGAGGUUUGGAGACUAUGUUAACUACAUCGACAGGUUCGGGAAACUAAGUGCUAAAACAGCCAAAUGGAAGGAUCAGCGUGUUUGUAUCAAAAGAUGGAUGCGCAUAUGCAAGAGGAACAAGUUGAAGAAAGAAGACCGCAUUUUGUGUGAGCUCUUGCGCAAGGGAACUUUCGUUUACGCAAUCAAACUCCAUGUCAUCCGCGGUAAGGAUCUGUAGACGCUAGCAGUAUGAGUAGAGGAAGAGAUUUGGCUACUUAAUUAUCUCUCUGAUUUCCAUCUUGUUGUGUGAUCAAGCAAACUUAUGUGUUUCAUUAUUGUCUACUUCAGAUUGUAUGACCUUCUCUCUUGUUCUCUCAUGAAUCUAUUUCUGAAUACAAUAUCUAAUCUUUGAGCUAAAGUUUAACUCUUAAACCCUUGAAAGAGUAAAAAUCCUUGAAAAAAAA